AUGGGCUGCUGUUGUGUUGGGGGAUGUAAUGGAAGCAAGAACGAAGAGGAAAAGGAGGAAGAAUAUAGACUGGGUCGUAGAUGUAGGGAUAGUCACUAUCAGCAUCCAGUGAGAACCAAGGCUUGUGAGGCCCUUGCUCUGCUUCCUUAUACAAUGCCACUUUAUUCUGGUGUUCAUGGAGACGUGGCAAUAUCAAAACAACCUCAAUGGCUUUCCCAGGAUUCAACCGGAACGCAAGUUUCGAUCCCUAUUAUUGGUGGUAUUAUAGAGCUCUUCUCAGCAGAGACUGUACCAAAAGAUUCAAGGAUCAUAGAGUUGAUAACUGCAUGUUGCUGUCUCUCUAUGAAAAAUGAAGCCAUUUCUGAACAUCCACCGUUAGAUUCAUGCUACCCACAAAGCUUAAUUUCUAGCAUACACACAUCUGCAGUAGAGCAGUGCAUCUCUCACCCAAGCAUUGAAGGAUCCUCCAGUGGAUCAUAUCCUUCAAAUGAAACUCCAAAAGAACAUCAAAGAGGUUUGGAUUUCCAGUGCGGCACUCUAGAAGAAGAUAAACCAGAGUUGCUCACAAGACCUCAAAGGGAAUUCUAUACAUCUAAAAAUCUUGUCACAGAGAGGAAUAGGAGGAGCAGGAUAAAAGAUGGGCUUUAUGCUCUACGAGCUUUGGUCCCAAAGAUAACCAAGAUGGAUAGGGCAUCCAUUGUUGGAGAUGCCAUUGAUUAUAUAAAGGAACUGCAAGAACAAGAAAAAGGACUUAGACACAAGAUCACGGCUUUGGAAGAAGAGGAUUAUAGAAAGAACAAACCACAGUGGAGGAGGCCAAUAUUGAAGGAACAAAGAGGAACCAGAAGUUUGCAUCUUGAUGAGCCCAUCCAAAAUUCCUCUGAUUCCACAAAAAGGACCCAGAUGGAGGUAGAAAAAGAGAGUAAUAGAAUGAACUCUGCUUCACAAUUUUUCAAAGCCAUGAAUGAAACUACAUAUUAG